AUGUCUUCCAACACUGGAGGGCGCACAUCGAGCAGCUCAUCCAGUCAGACACGCUACACCUCUUACGCUUCGUCGUCUAGCCCCUCAGACAGAUUCUACGCCACCGGGCAGCCUACAGGCAGAUCAUCCCAGUCAAUGGCCGGCCAGAUGGCUGCGUGGGACCGACAGUGGAGCAGUGCCAGCAGUGGUGGUCGUCGUUGA